UUCGGAUGAACCCAUAAAUAAUGGGUUGAAUUAGUAGAACCACGCCGGUGUCAAAAAGUCAUUAACUCUUACCAAAUUCUGGUCUCGUUUUUUCUCUGUGAUGGCGAAUUCAGGCGGACUUCCAUCCUACGGUGCUGUUUCUCACAGAUCAAGUGCAAGAUCGGGGUAUAAUAACAAUCCAGAUGAAAUUCAGCUUCGAAUCGAUCCGAUGAAUGCUGAUUUAGACGAAGAAGUUAAUGGUCUCAGAAGUAAAAUCUCCCUGCUCAAAAACGUAGCACAAGAGAUUGGGGAUGAAGCUAGAUAUCAGAAUGAUUUGAUUUCUCAACUGCAAAUGACGGUGAUUAAAGCGCAAGCAGGAGUGAAGAACAAUAUGAGGUGGAUAAAUAAAAAGAUUAUUCAAAAUGGUUCGAACCACGUAUUCCAUGUACUCUUAUUUGUGUUAUUAUGUUUCUUCGUGGUCUACUUCUUGUCCAAAUUUUCUAGAAGAUGAUGAGUAUUCGGCUCAAAGAAACAGCUGAUCAAAGAAGUUUUCAAGGUCAUUCAAAUUAUCCAGACGCAAAACGAGCAACGUCAAUACAGGUUCCACUGCGAAACCUUUUCUUUUUAACUGUAGCAACUUUAAAUGUUUUAUGUGAUCUUUUUCUUUUUCCUAGACUUGAAUCCAACAGUUCUUUUUUGGUGUCUUAUAGACUAAACAUAUGAUAAAUUUGUACAUAUAUGAAUACAUAGCUUUAUCUCUGAAAUGAAAUGUAGUGCCUUCAAAUUUUA